GACGCCCAGUCGGACGCCAGUCGGACGCCCAGUCCGACGAUCUGUCUGACCCAGCCCGACGAUCAGUCUGGCGCCCAGUCCGUCGUCCUCACGAGGAUGAUGACGCUGCCAGGACCGGUGGCUAUGCCGACGUCUCGUCCAGAUGGUUCCGAGGCUGCCACCGUGUCGGAGACCGGUAGCCUCGCAGGGGGCCACCAGUCCGGCGCGCAGUCGGACGCCCAGUCUGGCGCCCAGUCCGACGCCCAGUCCGACGAUCUGUCUGACGCCCAGCCCGACGAUCAGUCUGGCGCCCAGUCCGUCGUCCUCACGAGGAUGAUGACGCUGCCAGGACCGGUGGCUAUGCCGACGUCUCUUCCAGAUGGUUCCGAGGCUGCCACCGUGUCGGAGACCGGUAGCCUCGCAGGGGGCCACCAGUCCGGCGCGCAGUCUGGCGCCCAGUCUGGCGCCCAGUCCGACGCCCAGUCCGACGAUCUGUCUGACGCCCAGCCCGACGAUCAGUCUGGCGCCCAGUCCGUCGUCCUCACGAGGAUGAUGACGCUGCCAGGACCGGUGGCUAUGCCGACGUCUCUUCCAGAUGGUUCCGAGGCUGCCACCGUGUCGGAGACCGGUAGCCUCGCAGGGGGCCACCAGUCCGGCGCGCAGUCUGGCGCCCAGUCUGGCGCCCAGUCCGACGCCCAGUCCGACGAUCUGUCUGACGCCCAGCCCGACGAUCAGUCUGGCGCCCAGUCCGUCGUCCUCACGAGGAUGAUGACGCUGCCAGGACCGGUGGCUAUGCCGACGUCUCGUCCAGAUGGUUCCGAGGCUGCCACCGUGUCGGAGACCGGUAGCCUCGCAGGGGGCCACCAGUCCGGCGCGCAGUCGGACGCCCAGUCGGACGCCCAGUCGGACGCCCAGUCCGACGAUCUGUCUGACGCCCAGCCCGACGAUCAGUCUGGCGCCCAGUCCGUCGUCCUCACGAGGAUGAUGACGCUGCCAGGACCGGUGGCUACGCCGACGUCUCGAGGUCGCCAACCGAAGCCGUCAGCUAUGGUGAAGCCCGUUUAUCGCAAACCUGAACAAGCUGUGGCUCGUCCGGCUCGUCAGCUAUCGCUGAAGAGCCGGACCUAAAACAGCGGACUUGGAAGGAUGUAAAGUACCAGGUCCACAAUAUGAUUACGACCCGCCAGAGACGGGCGCUCAGAUAGGUGAAAAGGGCUUCACCAGUCCGGCGCCCAGUCCGGUGCCCGGUCCGGCGCCCAGUCCGGCGCCCAGUUCGGCGCCCAGUCCGGCCUUCACCGUUUUUGUGGCAAAUACAGCAUCUGUCCUUU